UAAAAAAAAUUUAGAGUUAAUGCGACUCACUAUACAAGAUAUAUAUAAACUUUUUUAAAAAUUUAUUAAAACAUCAACAAUCAUAUUUCAAUCCUUAUAUUGGAUCUUCUUCGAUGAUAAACAGAGUAAAAGAGUAAAAAAUAGCAGUAUACCGUAAAUGAAGAAAAAUUUAGCUGAAACAAAACUCAUAUUGCACUUAGUCACAAACUAAACCACAUUUCACAAAGAAAAACUUCUCGCAGUAUACUAAUUAAUAUUAAAUAAUAAUUUAUAUAUAAUAGUAAUUUUAAUUAACGUCUGUAUGUUGGUAAAUUUUAUGUACCUUAGAUUUUUAUCGAAAAAUCCAAUCUUAGGAUCAAAACGUCUGAAUUUAGAGCUUUUUAUAUUUUUUAUAUUUAUUCCACAACAAACAUCCAGCAUAAGGCUCUCAUGACUGUUUUGUUGAAAUUUUAAGUUUUAUAAUUUUAACUCUUAAUGUCUUAUAGUUAUUCUGAUAAUCAAUGUCAACGUAAGUAGUUGAUUUUUAUAACAUUCUAUUGACUAAUUAUCGUUUAUAUAAAUCUUUUUUUUGUAAGUAAUGUGAUCUAUCCUUAUUAUGUUGUUCUUCACUAAUAUCAAGUUAAUCAAUGCUUUUUUAUUUUUUCUUAGAUCGUAAAAAACUUAUUAUUUAAGUAGUACUUAUGUAAAUAUUAGUAGCUUAUGUAAGUAUUAGUAGUAAUUAUUUAAGUAGUACUUUAAUUUUUUUCGUAAUUAUGGAAAUAAAUUGCUGCUGCCGCGAUUAUAUUUUUUUGUAUCUCUUGUUUUCUGCAACUAAGAAUAUACACGUUACUAAGUAACGUGUAUAAUACGUAUAACUAACAUUUAUAAUGCACUACAUGUGCGAUCAAGUAUGUAUAUAUAUACGAGAAAACACGCGAUAUGUUAUUAAGUCACCCCACUUGAAUCGUUAAAGACGUGCUGCGCAAAAUGCUGAACGCGAACUUCUUUUUCUUUCUCAUUCUCAGUAUUGUCGCCGUGAUAAUUCCUACUCGAUCGAAUGAAAUAGAAAAUGUGAUAAAAGUGAUUGGAGGAGUUUUAAAGUUUUUAGAUGAAGGUCAAGAUUUUCUAAACAAAGAAAUACCGGACAUGACUCCGCAACACAAAGAAGUUUACGACUUUGUAAUAGUUGGUGCUGGCACAGCCGGUGCUACGAUAGCUGCAAGAUUAAGCGAGACUCAUCAAACAAAGGUGUUACUGAUCGAAGCUGGAUAUAAUGAAAACUAUCUUAUGGAUGUUCCAAUAAUGGUUCAUUACCUGCAACUAAGUAGCGACAUCAAUUGGAAGUAUUACACAAAACCAUCGAACAAAUACUGUCUCGGUAUGAAUAAUAACCAGUGUCAUUUUCCAAGAGGCAAAGUAAUGGGCGGUAGCAGCGUGCUAAACUAUAUGAUUGCUACUAGAGGCGACGCCGAAGAUUACAAUCGUUGGGCUGAGAUGGGGAACGAAGGCUGGGCUUACAAGGACAUUUUAAAAUAUUUUAAAAAACUAGAAACAAUAGACAUUCCAGAGCUGCGAUCGGAUACUACCUAUCGCGGAACUAAAGGACCAGUGCAUGUCUCUUACGCACGAUUUCACACGUUAGUGGCAGAACAUUUCCUAAAAGCUGGCCAAGAACUAGGAUAUCCCUUAGUGGAUUAUAACGCAGAAACUACAAUAGGAUUUUCGUACUUGCAAAACACCCUUCUCAAUGGCUCUCGCAUCAGUAGUAACAGAGCUUAUUUACAUCCUAUACGUGAUCGUAAAAAUCUUUAUGUGACUCGUAGAAGUAUAGUAAAUAAAGUGCUAAUUGAUCGCAAUACAAAUCGAGCAAUCGGCGUACAAUUGACUAAAAAUCAACAAACUAUUUCUGUGUUUGCGAGAAAAGAAGUUAUCUUAUGCGCGGGUGCCAUCGCAUCGCCUCAGUUGCUGAUGCUAUCCGGUAUCGGACCGAGCAAACAUCUCACCGAUCUUGGAAUAGACGUUAUCCGAGAUGCUCCAGUCGGAGAUAAUUUAAUGGAUCACGUAUACUACGGCGGACUGACGUGGAAAAUAAAUCAACCGUUAAGUAUACGAACACAAGACAUGAUAAAUAUCUUCCAUAAUUCGUACGCUGCGGAUUACUUGCUAACACAUUCAGGACCAUUUACGAUUCCGGGCGCAUGUGAAGCUGUCGCUUUUGUCAAUACCAAACAACCAGAAAAACGUAGUGGUUUACCGGAUAUAGAACUAUUAUUUGUAGGAGGUGUAAUUAAGGCUGAGUCUGUGAUUAAAGACGUAAUUAACAUAAAUUCUCAAGUACGUCAGAUGUGGAACAAGUACAAAAAUGAUUUUGGCUGGUCUAUACUGCCGACAUUACUGAAACCAAAGAGUCGCGGUCGAAUAAGAUUAGUGGCUAAUGAUGUUAAUGUUAAACCAGAAAUCAUUCCAAAUUACUAUAACAAUCCGGAAGAUGUCAGAACAAUGAUUAAUGGCAUUAAGUUCGCGAUUAAUGUUAGUAAUACCAAAACGAUGCAAAAGUUCAAUCCGCAACUAUCAUAUGAUAUUUGUAACAACUACACAUAUAACUCGUAUGCUUAUUGGGAAUGUGCAAUAAGAACGUUGUCUUUCACAAUCUAUCACUAUUCCGGUACUUGCAAAAUGGGGCCGAGAGAAGAUCUCACUGCUGUUGUUGAUCCCAAAUUAAAAGUAAUUGGGGUUGAAGGAUUGAGAGUAGCUGACGCAUCUAUUAUGCCGGAAAUUAUAUCGGGGCACACAAAUUUACCAGUUUAUAUGAUUGCCGAGAAAGUAGCAGACAUGAUCAAAGAAGAAUGGAGUCAUGAAUCGAACUAUAUAUAAAUAAAUAAUAUUCUAUUUUUUAUUAGUGACUUAUCGACGUUCAAACAUUGUAUAAAAGCUAUGGCAGAAUCAAUAGAAAAUAAUAU